CAGCCAUUGGUAACAAUUCAAACGUAACCAGUGCUCAUACACUAAGCAACAUUGAACACGUCUAGGCCCAAGAUGAAAGAAGCGUGAACAAUAAUGAUCCAUGACUCACUCAAAGCUACCUUAAUCAGCAAGUUAGUGUGAUCUUCUAGCAGUUUUGUAUGAGAUUCUGCAACGCUUCUCAGCUAACCUAUCUCCCAAGGCAGCUUUGGCUAUAAUAAUAAAGAUCCAAUAUUAAUAUUCAAAUAAAUAAAGUUGAAAAGGGAGAGCACACGUGGAAUCAAGAGAGCUAAUUGGUGAGUAAAAUAAGGAGGGAGAAAACUAUUUCUAUAUUUAGUAACUAAAAAGAGAUUAUGAUUCUGAGAAAGAAAGCAAAACUGGAAAUGGCAUCGUUGACCGAAGUUCCGCCGAUGAUUAACAACUUGGACGUCGGAGAUGACAAAACGGCGCACCUGAGCUCCUCCGGCAAGCCUCCAAGAGACCUCUCUUCAAUGCGCCAUUGCAACAGCACUGCUUGGUUGAUCGAUUCCGAAGGAGACCAGAGAUGUUGUCCGGAAGGAGACAACACCACGUUCCAACUUGUAUUCAGAUCUGGAAGUUGGUCGGAUAAAGGACCGAAACGGUCCAUGGAAGACGAGUUCAUCUGCGUGGAUGAUCUCACAGACCAUAUCGGAUCCACUGGAGCUUUCUAUGGGGUGUUUGAUGGACAUGGAGGUAUUGAUGCUGCAACAUUCACAAAGAAGAACAUUCUGAAGCUUGUAACGCAAGACAAACACUUCCCAACAAACACCAAGAAAGCUACAAGGAGUGCCUUCGUCAAUACGGAUCAUGCUUUAGCUGAUGCUCCUUCUCUCGACAGAUCCUCAGGCACAACCGCACUCACUGCUCUCAUCUUAGACAAGACCAUGCUCAUCGCAAACGCCGGUGACUCCAGAGCCGUGCUUGGGAAACGAGGCAGAGCCAUUGAGCUAUCAAAGGACCACAAACCCAACUGCACUUCCGAGAAGCUACGCAUUGAGAAGCUUGGAGGUGUUAUCUACGAUGGCUACCUUAACGGGCAGCUCUCGGUGGCUAGAGCUUUAGGAGAUUGGCAUAUUAAGGGAACUAAAGGGUCGCUUUGUCCGCUCAGCUGCGAGCCUGAGCUGGAGGAGAUUGUGCUUACGGAGGAAGAUGAGUUUCUUAUAAUGGGAUGCGAUGGACUUUGGGAUGUGAUGAGUAGCCAGUGCGCGGUGACGAUGGUGAGGAGGGAGCUGAUGCAGCAUAAUGACCCUGAGAGAUGCUCUCAAGCUCUCGUCAAGGAAGCAUUACAACGCAACAGCUGCGAUAAUCUUACUGUAGUGGUUGUAUGCUUCUCUAAGGAACCGCCUCCGAGGAUUGAGAUACCUAAGUCGCAUAAGAGGAGGAGCAUCUCUGCCGAGGGGUUGGAUCUGCUCAAAGGUGUUUUGAAUGAUUUGUGAAGGAACUGAUCAAGCUGAAAAGUAAGAAGAGACUUGCUUUGUUUUGUUUUUGUUUUGUUCCUCUGUUAUAACAAGAAAGGUCAGAGAUUCCAAGCUGUAUUCUUUUUCUCUGGUUUGUUUCCAAGUUUUGAUUCUUUUUGUAAGGAAGGUUUAACCCAUUUUUGUACUGUAGAGCUUACUUACCAUAUCUAAAUGAUUUUAAUACUCUUUGCAUAUGAAUAAAAUGACAAUUGAAGCAACUCUCUCACCUCUUACUCCCACAGCAGACAGCAACAUGGAUUUGCCUCAUUGAACUGCUUCCUGAAGAAGAAGGCCUCUUUGGUUUGACUGGAACCUUUCCUGCUUCCUCCCCUCUUAUCAAGAUAGAGAGUGGUACAAGGAAAACAAGUUUCUCAACAAAGAUCAGCUAAUUAUGAGUCGUCAAGGAGGGUCGUCUUGUGGGCUAAAACGAGAAAACGUCUUCGAUAUUUGUGCUUUUAGGAACCAAGAAUCAUGCCAUUAAUUUUGAGAUAGUUCUACUAAUGUUUUGCUCCCAUUCAUGCUGGUGAAGUUGAAUUUGGGAGACUUGUGGUGGGUACAAGAAGUAGACAUUCGAGACCAUUUAUCAGCCUGAGUAAACAUAGAAAGAAAAUAAAAGAACGAUGUGUAACUGUAAUUAUACCGAGUUAAUGGUGGCUGUGAGAGGAGUCUUAAAUAGUACGGUGUCACCACCUGAGACAAUUGACUCUAGAUGGAGUCACAAGGUCCAACAUUGAUACAAAAAAAAA